AUGCGCUUACUUCGGUUGUCUGCUCUGUUCGCCUUCUUAGGGCUUGCUCCCGCCCAGACUCUCAGUGGGUUAUCCUUUGAUAGCGAGGAUGUCGUGAGCCUUAUGUGGGCUUUUGAUGGGCAGUCAACUGGCCGUUAUGACUUCUUUCUCUGUGCUGGUGAUGAGUCGGGUUCUUAUGAAUCGCUCGAGCGAGUUAUCAAUGACGGGCCUGUUGUCCCAGGUGGCCUGCUCUCAUUUAAAGUUGACCGUAAUGUCGGAGGAAAUGAGCCCAAUGCAUACUUCCUAAAAGUCAUUCCCUCAAACCCAUCAGAAGAAUGGACCGGAUUUACUUCCCACUUUACUCUCACCAACAUGAAAGGCACCUUCUCCACCAAGAUCACCAACGCCGUCAAGUCGAUGAAACCGAUCCCAAUCCCACUCCCAUUGGGUCUAGUAGACGGCGACACCCAGAUUCUCGCCGGCUCUCCAGAACCACCAAUCAAUAACGGGACAUCCAGCGGCAGUGACACCAACACCGACACCAACAGCAAUGAGCAAAACGAACCAGCAACCCCACCCCUCGAACCCCCAACGCCCACCUCAUCCGACCUCAAUCACGAGCACGUCGAGCUGCGAAAACGACUCGGCGUCGCAGCCGCAGCAGCACCCGUUGCAGCAGCACCCGUUGCAGCAGCACCCUUAGCAGGGGCACCCGUAGCAGCAGGGGCCGCCGCCGUCGAAGCCGUAGACCCUCACACAAUUCCCUACGGCGAACAAACCGGUCUAACAAAGUAUGCGCCUAUGCCCAAGAUGGCUGGCACUACGAUUCCGCCCCUAGAUAAAUCGCCCACGCCUCAGUAUCCGACUUUUCCUUUUGUUAAAGCUACGACUUAUCUUCCUGCGCCGACGGUCCAGUAUACUGAUACGGCUUAUUUGACUUUUACUACGCAUAGUAUUGAGAAUACGGCUGCACCCGCUGCGCAACCGACUUUGGAUAAGAGAAUGCAGCGAUGGUUGGAACGGUGGCAGGAUUGA